AUGCAGUCUGCAGAACAUCCGCAUCGUCGAUUCGGCAUGUUUAGCUGGCAAGGGGCAUGUAGGAUGUCGGACGGUGCGCCAGUAUCAGCCCACUUCUCCCGCAGAACCUCCCAUCCCAGUCCCACCAGACCGGGAUACAGCUCGGUCGUCCGGCAUGCAGCGGCAAACCGGUCGUUGCCCAGCUGCCUCUCCGUCAUACUCUCCAACUCCGCCCACGGAUGUCCGCAUGCGCUUUUGAUGAACAAUCGUAACUGGGAUCAAUCCGGGAUAGGUGGAGAGAGCAAACAGUGGCCAAUGUUUUUUCCCUUGUUGACACCACCCGUCAACCAUCGGUGGCUGACGAUCUGGCGAAUACGUCUUGACGCCCUAUCCUACUCCAGCCAACAGAACCUUGCAGACACCGAUUGCCCACUCGCCACUUUAGCUUUUACAACGUCUGUGAGACUCAUGAGAUCCAUAAUAAGGCCAGCCCGAUGGCCUAAGCUUCCCCAGCUUCUAGCAAGGAUCACCGUCUCCUUGGAUCACCGUCUCCUUGAGUCCUUCAUGACUUUGGCAUGCCCGUUUCCCCGCGGAGACUGGCCAGCGCCUUGA